AUGUGUGGCCAGCAUCAAGACGGGCAUCACAACCCCGUUGCAUCUACCUCGUCUGCGUCGGAUUCCUUCCCCUGGGACCAUGGAGUGUACGACGCCCACUGCCACCCCACGGACACCAUGUCGUCUAUCGAGACGAUACCCAGCAUGCGCGCCUCUGCCUUAACCGUCAUGGCAACUCGCAGCCAAGAUCAGGCCCUCGUCGCUGAGGUAGCCGCAUCCCACGGCGUGCGCUCAAAGUACGAAAUGUCUCAGGGCCAUCUGAUCCCCUGCUUUGGGUGGCAUCCCUGGUUUUCCCACCAGCUAUUCGACGACACCGUGCCCGAGGCUGAAUGGACGUACCGCGAGGACCAGCCCGACGCAAAGAAGCGCCACUACCAGGCCGUCCUAACCCCCGCGCCUGAGGACCCCGGCUUUAUUGACGCCUUGCCCACUCCGCGUCCUUUGUCAGUCUUUUUAGCAGAUACCCGCACCCGUCUGCAAGAUCAUCCCCUUGCUCUAGUCGGUGAGGUAGGUCUCGAUAAGGCCUUUCGCUUGCCCGAAGGAUGGACCAACGACCACCAGUCCUCUCGUGACCAGACCCUUACCCCAGGCGGUCGCGAGGGGCGUCGUUUGGCCUCUCAACACGUCAAGAUGCCCCACCAAGUCGCCGUGCUGAAAGCUCAGCUGGCGCUCGCUGGCGAACUAGGCCGACCCGUGAGUGUUCAUGGCGUACAGGCCCAUGGUGUCCUCCACGAUACCCUCGCAUCCCUAUGGAAGGGUCACGAGAAGGAGGUCAUCAGCAAGCGUCAACAAAAGCUCGUCGCUGAGGGAGCCGAGGACCCUGAAUCCGAGGACGAGCUAGAGGAAGACGAUCUGGGCAGGAAAAUGGUGCCGCCCAAGCCGUACCCGCCCCGCAUAUGCCUCCAUUCGUACUCUGGUCCUGCUGAGAUGUUGAACCAGUACACUAACAAAGCCAUUCCCGCACGGAUAUUCUUUUCCUUCUCGUCCGCCAUCAAUCUAGGAACCAAAGCUGGCGCCGACAAGAUUGCCGAGGUCGUUGAGGCUUGUCCGGAUGACUCCAUUUUGAUCGAGAGCGACCUGCACGUCGCAGGUGAGGAGAUGGACGCCAGGCUCGAAGAGAUGUACAGAAAAGUCUGCGAGAUCAAGGGCUGGAAGCUCCAAGAGGGCGUCACGCGGAUCGGUAAAAACUACCGCCAAUUCAUCUUUGGUUGA